CUCUGUGUCCCUUCCAGCUUGGCAACUCUUACUCCCUGUGUGACAGUGGCCAGGGCUGUAAAGUGGGGCUCAUACUCUGCUUGCCAAAGUGCCUGGCGAGGUAGAUGCGACUUGAAAGGGCGCACAUGACAAGCGCCUUUGUGGGGGAGUCUAGUGGUGUUGCUGGGGGCCCAGGGUAGAAGAUUUCCUGGGCCAGGUUGAGAGGAGGGACAGCAGAGGGUUUUAAUCCACAAGAAACACGAUGGGACUGUGGUUUAGGAAGAGGUUGGACAAGGGGAGAUUUUGGGGAUGGGCCACCAGCCAGGGCUUGGAUCCCCACAGUCAUGUGUCCAGGUGCCUUAGACCUGGGCUUGGGAACUCCUCUGUGUGUCACUGCGUCUCUGGGCUUCCUUCUCAUGCAUGGAGAAACUAGACCUCCUUUCCUGGAGACCUGGCUGCCUAUGGGAGGCCUCCCCUUUCGAGGCUUCUAGCAUGAGUCUGGAUGCAGCAUGCUGGAAUGAGGGUAGACUGCAGGCAGGUCAUAGAUCUAAGGCACCGAGAGGCUCCUUUUGAGAGCAUCUUUUACGUGAGGCCUGGCACACAGUAAGCCCACUGCUCAUUGAAUGAAUGACUGAUCAGAAGCACCGUCUAGCCUGGUGGAGGAGCCCGUCUGCUGGCAGCCGAGGAUGUCUACCAUGAUUUGAAGUGGCUGAUGUGGGGACAGAGGCUGCCUGUCCAGAGCCAAGAAGGAUGUUGAAUGUCCCAAAGGCGAGGCGCCAACUCAUCACAGGUGGCUGCCCCCUGCGUGCCUCCAUCCAGCCAUGAAUCGGUGCCCAUCACCGCAGAGAGCACACCCAAGAAUGUAGUGGAUGUGGGGGAAGGAGCGUGCCGGGGUGGAACCUCUCGGAAGAGCCUGGAGGAGGACGGCUCCGUGAGAAUCCCCCCGAGCAUCCAGCCACAGCCGCAGCCCAUCAGUCUCCCUAGAAACAUGAGCGUGAGCCGGGCCAUGGAGGACAGCUGUGAGCUGGACCUGGUGUACGUCACCGAGCGGAUCAUCGCUGUGUCCUUCCCCAGCACAGCCAAUGAGGAGAACUUCCGCAGCAACCUGCGCGAGGUGGCCCAGAUGCUCAAGUCCAAGCACGGAGGCAGCUACCUGCUGUUCAACCUCUCCGAGCGGAGGCCGGACAUCACAAAGCUCCAUGCCAAGGUUUUGGAAUUCGGCUGGCCUGACCUGCACACCCCGGCCCUGGAGAAGAUCUGUAGUGUCUGCAAGGCCAUGGACACCUGGCUCAAUGCAGACCCCCACAAUGUCGUCGUCCUUCACAACAAGGGAAACCGGGGUAGGAUCGGCGUCGUCAUUGCUGCCUACAUGCACUACAGCAACAUUUCUGCCAGUGAAGACCAGGCUCUGGACCGAUUUGCAAUGAAGCGGUUCUAUGAAGACAAAAUUGUGCCUGUGGGCCAGCCAUCCCAGAGAAGGUAUGUGCAAUACUUCAGUGGCUUGCUGUCUGGCUCCAUCAAAAUGAACAACAAGCCCUUGUUUCUGCACCACGUGAUCAUGCACGGCAUCCCCAACUUUGAGUCUAAAGGAGGGUGCCGGCCGUUUCUCCGCAUCUACCAGGCCAUGCAACCUGUGUACACGUCUGGCAUCUACAACAUCCCAGGUGACAGCCAGACCAGCAUUUGCAUCACCAUUGAGCCGGGGUUGCUCCUGAAGGGAGACAUCUUGCUCAAGUGUUACCACAAGAAGUUCCGGAGCCCGGCCCGAGAUGUCAUCUUCCGUGUGCAGUUCCACACCUGUGCCAUCCACGACCUGGGGGUUGUCUUUGGGAAGGAGGACCUUGAUGAUGCCUUCAAAGAUGAUCGAUUUCCAGAAUACGGCAAAGUGGAGUUUGUAUUUUCCUAUGGGCCAGAGAAAAUUCAAGGCAUGGAACACCUGGAGAACGGGCCCAGCGUGUCUGUGGACUACAACACCUCCGACCCCCUCAUCCGCUGGGACUCCUAUGACAACGUCAACGGGCACCGCGAAGACGGCAUGGAGGAGGCAGUGGGACACACUCAGGGUCCACUGGACGGGAGCUUGUAUGCCAAAGUGAAGAAGAAGGACUCCUUGAACGGCAGCUCCGGUCCUGUCACUGCGGCCCAUCCUGUCCUGUCGGCCACCCCCAACCAUGUGGAGCACACCCUGUCCGUGAGCAGCGACUCGGGCAACUCCACAGCCUCCACGAAGACAGACAAGACCGAUGAGCCUGUCUCGGGGGCCCCCGCCGUCCCUGCUGCCCUGAGUCCCCAGGAGAAGCAGGAGCUUGAUCGCCUGCUCAGCGGCUUUGGCGUAGACAGAGGAAAGCAAGACGCCAUGUACCGUGCACAGCACCUCAGGUCCCACCCGCUGGGGGGCCCUGCUGUGCCCUCCUCUGGUCGCCAUGUUGUCCCAGCCCAGGUCCAUGUCAACGGUGGUGGGGCUCUCGUGUCGGAGCGGGAGACGGACAUCCUAGAUGACGAGCUGCCCAUUCAGGAUGGGCAGAGUGCGGGCAGCGUGGGCACACUGUCUUCCCUAGAUGGGGUCACCAACGCCAGUGAAGGGGGUUAUCCGGAAGCCCUGUCCCCGCUGACCAAUGGUCUGGACAAGCCCUACUCCACGGAACCUCUGGUCAAUGGUGGGGCCUACCCUUAUGAGUCUGCCAGCCGAGUGGUGCCCGCCCAUGCUGGCCACAUGGCCCCUAUGCGACCCUCCUACUCUGCUCAGGAAGGUUUAACUGGCUAUCAGCGAGAGGGACCCCACCCCGCCUGGCCACAGUCAGUGACCACCUCCCACUAUGGCCACGACCUCAGCGGUCUGUUCCGCUCACAGUCUUUUCCGGAUGCUGAGCCCCAGUUGCCCCCAGCUCCAGCCCGUGGGGGCAGCAGCCGGGAGGCUGUGCAGAGGGGUUUGAAUUCAUGGCAGCAGCAGCAGCAGCAGCAGCAGCAGCAGCAGCAGCAGCCUCGCCCACCUCCCCGCCAGCAGGAGAGAACCCCUCUGGAGAGCCUCGCCAGCCGCAGACCCGGCCCCCAGCCGUCGGCAGAGCCGCACGUGCCGGCUCUCCCUGAGUUUCCAAGGGCGGCCUCCCAGCAGGAGAUUGAACAGUCCAUUGAAGCCCUCAACAUGCUGAUGCUGGACCUGGAGCCAGCCUCGGCAGCUGCCCCUCUACACAAGUCCCAGAGUGUCCCCGGGGCCUGGCCAGGGGCUUCCCCACUGUCCUCGCCACCCCUCUCGGGCUCUUCCCGCCAGUCUCACCCACUGACUCAGUCCAGAUCCGGGUACAUCCCCAGUGGGCGUUCCCUGGGAACCCCAGAGCUGGUCUCUCCUGGCAGGUCUUACUUACCUUAUGAUCACCAACUGCAUCCCUCUGGAACCAAUCAGAGUUUCCAUCCAAAGAGUCCGUCCUCUUCCUCCUUGCCUACCUUCCUUCCAACCUCCCAGGGCCCUCCAGGGCCUCAGCAGCCCCCAGCCUCUCUCCCUGGCCUCGUGGCUCAGCCUCAGCUCCCACCAAAGGAAGUGACUUCUGAGCCCUCCAGAACUCCGGAGGAGGAGCCACUGAACCUGGAAGGUCUGGUGGCCCAUAGGGUAGCAGGGGUGCAGGCUCGGGAAAGGCAGCCUGCAGAGCCUCCAGCCCCCCUCAGGAGGCGGGCAGCCAGCGACGGACAGUAUGAACAACAGUCUCCUGAAGCCACCUCUCCCCGUAGCCCUGGGGUCUGCUCCCCAGUCCAGUGUGUUUCCCCCGAGCUGGCUCUUACCAUCGCCCUCAAUCCUGGAGGGCGGCCGAAAGAGCCCCAUCUGCACAGCUACAAAGAGGCCUUCGAGGAGAUGGAAGGGGCCUGCCCGAGCAGCCCACCGCCCAGUGGGGUGCGCUCCCCUCCAGGUCUGGCCAAGACACCCUUGUCUGCUCUGGGCCUGAAACCCCACAACCCAGCGGAUAUUCUCUUGCACCCGACCGGUGAGCCCCGGAGCUAUGUAGAAUCCGUGGCACGGACUGCAGUGGCUGGUCCCCGAGCUCAGGAUGCUGAGCCCAAGAGUUUUGGUGCCCCAGCUGCCCAGGCCUACAGCCACGAGACUCCCCUGAGGAAUGGGACCCUGGGUGGCUCCUUUGUCUCCCCCAGCCCUCUGUCCACCAGCAGUCCCAUCCUCAGUGCUGACAGCACUUCUGUGGGCAGUUUCCCAUCCGGGGAGAGCAGCGACCAGGGUCCCCGGACACCGACCCAGCCCUUGCUGGAUUCCAGCUUCCAUUCCGGCAGCCUGGGGCAGCCUAGCCCUGCCGUGCAGAGAAGUUACCAGAACUCUUCACCCCUUCCAACCGGAGGCAGCAGCUAUAGCAGCCCCGAUUACUCCCUUCAGCAGCUCAACUCCUCUCCGGAAAGCCAGGCCCGUCCUCAGUUCAGUGCCGCCAGCGUCCACACGUUGCCUGGGAGUCCCCAAGCACGCCACAGGACAGUGGGCACCAACACUCCCCCUAGUCCUGGCUUCGGCCGGAGGGCCAUCAACCCCAGCAUGGCAGCCCCUGGCAGCCCCGGCUUGAGUCACCGCCAGGUGAUGGGCCCUCCAGGCCCUGGUUUCCAUGGCAACGCGGUUUCCGGCCACCCGAGCAGUUCAGCGGCCACACCUGGGAGCCCCAGCCUGGGCCGCCACCCAGCAGGGACCCACCAGGUCCCAGGUCUCCAUGGCAACGUGGCCACCACUCCAGGGAGCCCCAGUCUGGGUCGGCACCCUGGGGCCCAUCAAGGCAGCCUGGUCUCCAGUCUCCACGGCAAUGCAGUCGUCAGUCCCGGGAGCCCCAGCCUGGGCCGACACCUGGGUGGAUCCGGAUCCGUGGCUCCCGGCAGCCCUAGUUUGGACAGGCACGCAGCCUAUGGUGGCUACUCGACUCCAGAGGACCGGCGACCCACGUUGUCCCGACAGAGCAGUGCCUCCGGCUACCAGGCUCCUUCCACACCCUCCUUCCCUGUCUCCCCUGCCUACUACCCGGGCCUGAGCAGCCCUGCCACCUCACCCUCGCCUGACUCAGCGGCCUUCCGGCAAGGGAGCCCCACGCCAGCCUUGCCAGAGAAGCGGAGGAUGUCAGUGGGGGACCGGGCGGGCAGCCUCCCCAACUAUGCCACCCUCAACGGGAAGGUGUCCUCCUCUCCGGUCACCAGUGGGGGCAGCACUGUCUCCUUCUCUCACACCUUGCCUGACUUCUCCAAGUACUCAAUGCCAGACAACAGCCCCGAGACGCGGGCUAAAGUGAAGUUUGUGCAGGACACUUCUAAGUAUUGGUACAAGCCUGAGAUCUCCAGGGAGCAGGCCAUCGCACUCCUUAAGGAUCAGGAGCCCGGGGCCUUCAUCAUCCGUGACAGCCACUCCUUCCGAGGGGCCUAUGGGCUGGCCAUGAAGGUGUCUUCGCCCCCUCCAACCAUCACACAGCAGAGUAAGAAAGGAGACAUGACCCAUGAACUGGUGCGACACUUUCUGAUAGAGACGGGCCCCAGAGGAGUCAAGCUCAAGGGCUGCCCCAAUGAACCAAACUUCGGCUCCCUGUCAGCCCUGGUCUACCAGCACUCUGUCAUCCCACUGGCCCUGCCCUGCAAGCUGGUCAUUCCAAGUCGAGAUCCAACAGAUGAAUCGAAAGAUAGCUCCGGCGCUGCCAAUUCAACCGCUGACCUGCUGAAGCAAGGAGCUGCCUGCAAUGUGCUCUUCGUCAACUCUGUGGACAUGGAGUCACUCACUGGGCCACAGGCCAUCUCCAAAGCCACGUCUGAAACACUGGCUGCUGAUCCCACGCCAGCCGCCACCAUUGUUCACUUCAAGGUCUCUGCCCAGGGAAUCACACUGACUGACAACCAGAGAAAACUCUUCUUUAGACGACACUACCCUCUCAACACCGUCACCUUCUGUGACCUGGAUCCACAGGAAAGGAAGUGGAUGAAGACAGAGGGUGGUGUCCCUGCUAAGCUCUUUGGCUUUGUGGCCCGGAAGCAGGGCAGCACCACGGACAACGCCUGCCACCUCUUCGCAGAGCUUGACCCCAACCAGCCUGCAUCUGCCAUUGUCAACUUUGUCUCCAAGGUCAUGCUGAAUGCUGGCCAGAAGAGAUGAACCCUAGACCCCGUGCCCAGGGCCAGGGCAGUGGGCACAGGGAAUGCAGGGAGGGCAUCCAUGCAUCUUGACCACCUGAAAUCCAGAAAGACGACUUUGGGCCGAUUUUGGAGAAGGAGAAGAAAGUGCGACAUGGGCAGAGGGAAGUGAAUUGCAGAGGGUAGGGGAAAGGGAGAAAGAAAGCAAGAGAUGUGUGGAUGGAAUCGCAAACCCAGAAGCCUCAUCAACUAGCCAGAGGUCCUGGCUCCCCUGGCUCCCUCUAAGAGGAUCGAGCUCCUCAAAGGGAACGAACGGGCUGUUUGGGGGCUAAAUUUGGGGACAACAGAAAAGCUAUCUCCCUAACCCACCUGCUUUGCAAGGAGAAGCCACGCUGAGAGUAAUUUUGCGGCCAUUUGGAGGGCAGGCUGCUGAGCCAGAUGCCCAGGGUGCCACAUGAAGUGGCAGAGCGGUUUCUGGUUUCACAGACCCCAGCCUGUGCUUGCUCCUGUGUAUUGUCGGUAUAUGUGUGUCUCACCGUCAUCUCCACACACUGAUACCUGCCUCUGUUGCCGGAAUUACAAAGAGCUCUGCUUGUCUGUGUCUCGUGUCACAAAUACACUGUUCAAAGAAAGGUAGGCUAGGGGUGACAGGAUGGCCGGGGGUGACAAACCGUCUGUUAUAAGGCACUCAAGCAUUAUGGAUAGUGGAGCCUUGUCUCCCAGGCCCCUGCAGCUGCCCUUUAGCAUUCCUGGGGGGAUCUUCAGGCCAUUUUUCUAUAGAGAGGCCCUGGCAGGGGAGGGAAUGCCCACCCUUGCAUCAUUAAGCUAGGUUGGAAGAAGUCAAGAUCAAUAUGCCCGUAGUCUUGGGGAAGAGAUCUAUCAAGAAAGAUGGCAUCUUCCCUGUGGCUCACAGUGAGCUGGACAAGCACCCUGCCAGCACUUGGAACUCUGCCUUACUCCCUCCUCUCAGCCUCCUUCCUUGGCCAGGACACCAGCACUAGCCUUAUCUGAGACUCGCUCAUAGCUGCAUGAUGCCUUCUAGGUGCUGGAGUCUGCGCCUUCCUGCCCUGCCCUGUCCUCCUGUUGACUCAUCCCAGGAGCCUGCUUCCCCCAGGGCCCCAAGGCAGAUCCUUAAACUCUCUGUAAACGUUUCAGGGAUUGACUCUUGCAGUCACUCUACUGGUUGGGCUUCCCAGGGUGACGUCAGAGCAUCUGAGGGGCUGUUGCAGGAGUUUCACUCAGCCCUCUCACCAUGCCAAAGCCUCACCGUUCCCCCUUCUGCCUUGGUUUCCCCACAUUGUCUGUGGAGCAGCGGGCAGAAGGGUGCACUUAGGCAAAGGGCCUAGGGUCCUUUUGGACCAUGGAAAGGCCUCUACCACCACCCAAGGACUCUAAGCCAGGUGGAAAACUCACCAGGCCUCCAUUUUUAAGCCCCAUGGGGGUUCCUAGAGAGGCAUUGUAAUGAUAUAUAAAUAUAUAUAAUAUAUACAUAAGACAUACUGAAAGAAUCUGUAAGCUAAUAAAAAAAAUAUAAGAAAAAGUUAAAAAAAGAAUAGGUAAAUUGACAAGAAAUAUUUAUUAUUUUCCCAUAUUGCUUUAUUGUGCCCAGCUGUAGACUGUCCCCAUUCUCCCCUUUAAUGUGUCAGUAGAGCCUGAGGUACAGGGGCCUUUAUCCUUGGAGUAGCCUGGGUCCUGGCCUUGGCCUUCCUAGGCUAGGCUUAAGGUGUAAGGAGGGUGUACACAGGUCCCAUCCCUUUAGCCGUUGAUUUUCCAUCGAGUGGAGCCCAGCAUCCAGGGUCCUGGAUUUGUGAGGCCGGUGCCCCCAUCUCUGGAGGCCUGAGCGAGUGUGUAAGCGCAUGGGAACACGGGUGGGUGGGUGCAUCUCUUGGGGUUUUCUCCUCCAGGAGCCAUGUCUGUGUGGAUGUGUUUCAGGAGCUGGAAAGGAGAGUGUCUGGGUUAGGUGGGAAGAAGAGACAGAGGCUCCCCCGGCCUUCCUCUUCCCAAACGUUGAAAGCGUGUGCUAAGUGAGUGAGGUCCUUUCAAAAUGUCCUUCUUUCUGAGGUAUUCAAGUCAAAUGCCUGGAUUUCCCCCUCUCCCUUUCCCUUUGAACCCCAAUUCUCUCCCAAGAUAGAAGGCGAUAUUUCUCAUCCCUUCUUUGUAAAUACCCACAUUGCUGCCACACGACCCCGGAGAGUCUCCUCCUGGCUGGAAUGCUCAGUGAGGCUGCCAGACCAGACUGGAGUCAGCCUUCCUGCACUGGUCCACCUAACCAUACCUACCACAGCCCCUUUCCAGGCAUGGCCAGUCCUCUUCUCCAGGCCCAAGUCAUCUGUGAACCACACAAAGGAGCCACAGGGUGGAUACUGGAAAGUGGAUCUGUCACUCCCAGCAUGCUUCCAGAAGGAGUGGGCACCUGAGAGUUCAGCUUUCCUGAUAGAAUGAUGUGCAAGGGGCUCCGGUCUUCACGGGGACCACACUGCCAUCUCUGCCACCCUGGGUCUCACACGUGGGCCUCACACGUGGGCCUGUGCACAUUAAUGCACAUGGGCACGCGUGCACGCACACACACACAUACCCACCAUAUGCAUGCACACAAGUCCAUAUUGCAAUCUGUUCUUGCCAAAGAUUUCCUUUAAAAAGAAAGCACUUUCACUCGUUAUUUUGUAAGUGAUCUGGUUUACUGUUGUUUAUUGUUGAGUCUGAGUGUCAGCAGAGAGAAUGCUGUUUGGUCUUGAACAUGAGUUGGGGCCAGAUAGGGAGCCAGACACAUGGCCACCCAGCAAUGCUGGACCAAAAAGAGGCGCCAGCCCCAGCCUAGGCCCGCGCCCCCUCUGACUGUUCAGAGGAAAGCCCAGGGAUUUGUUCUUGCUGGUAUCUGGAGGCAAGAGGACAGGAAGACAUUGAUUCAACCAGGAGUGAGGCUCAGUGAGGAGCAAGAGGGGAGGGGAAGGGCCUGAGCACAAUAGAAAGGUGACCUCAGAGGAAAAAACCACAAAAAUGAGCAGUUCUGCCUCUGGGGAGACUAAAAUCCCUGCUCUGCUGCUAUGGGGUCCUGGACUCCUCAUCUAGCUAGGAUUUGAGGGACAGAAUCAUGUCCUGGGCUUGGGAAAGGCCAACUGACCCCUCUCACUUGAGCCUCUCCCCAGCAACUUGGAAAGCUAUGGAUGUGAAUGCUAGCAUUCUGGUCCUGCUGGCCUUGGAGAAUCUCAGAGAGGUCAGGGUGGGGUGGGGCCCUGUGGCCGUGUGUGUCUCUAGCAAGGGGCUCUGAGGAGGGAGAAGCCUUAUGGAGUUGGCCCCAAGUGGAAGCAGAGCUGGUUCCUUGUGGUAUCUUGGAGAAGGCACAGAGGUUUCUCCCCACCACCAUCCUGCCUCCUGGGACAUUUGCUUAUUUGGCUUUUGAUGCUGCUAUCUAAGGGAAGCAGCCUUUUUCUGUUCCCACCCUUGGGAUCCAUAAAGAGCCCAGGGAUGGAAAGCUAGGUCCACCCCUCAACCCAGGACCCAGGCCUAAGCUCCUAAGACUAUUGGUUCUAUGGUCUGUGGUGUGUGUGUGUGUGUGUGUGUUUUGUUAGUCUGUUUUGGAAACUUGGAGGUAGGGGUCAGAAGCAGGAGGUAAGGGAUAAAGGGCCACUAUCAGUGGAGUCCUGGCAUUGGUGAUAGAGGAAACCAGCUGCAUGGGAUGAGAUUUGACAGACCUCUUCCUUCGUGUCUCUUCUCCCUUCAAAUGGCUGAAUGGUCAGAGGGUCUCAGUUGAUUUCUAUGCAGGAGCCCUUCUCAGCCAUGAGGCCACAGAAGAGCUAUGUCCCAAGCAUGCUUUUUCAUCAGUGCUGACAGCAUGACCCUCAUGUGGGCCCACGUUUGGCCGGUGUGCAUGUGUGUGUGAGCACGUUGGAGUGUGAGUGCCUUGUCUCUCCAUCUUCUCUUUUCCCUUCUGACUUCUCACUCAAAACAAAUGUAAUUAUGCCACAGCCACUCCAACCUGCCACCCAGGCCCACUGUGUAGGAAAACUGUUCCCAGCAUCCUCUGGUCCCCAAGCUGUGUAUUUAUAGAUGGAAAUAUACUUUAUAUUUUGUAUCAUUGUGCCUGUAACCUCUGCCACCUUGUAUAAAUCCUGAUGUAUGCUCCAUGUCCCAGAUAUGAAUGUAUGUACGCUGAUGCUGCCCCCUCUCCUCUGUGGCCGCAUGGCCUCUCACCAUCCAUUGUAUGGCUUUAUAAAUGAUAAAGUUAGACACAAACUCA